AUGCCCACCUGCAGUACCUGUUUACUUUAUUGCCAUACUCCACUCGAAUUCCAAUACUUUACCUCUGUCUUCAGAAUUCUCCUGCAAGGCACCGUACAACCACCCAAAGGAGCUACUGAACAUUCUCCAGAACCCCAUCCUUCCAACCGCGAGAUAGCAACCACUUGCACGUCCACAGCUAGCAUGUCUUCAAUGGUCCCCAAGAUAUCUUUCUCAAUCUCAGGUCCGAGUCGGUAUGGGCAUGCGACCUCCCCAAUGGCGAGCUCAAACAUCAUCACUCCCACAAACCACAUCUUAUUCUUCGCACCAAACGCAGUCAUAGGCCAACUAGGUGCGGUACAGAAAUUCAGAAAUCAAGACCUCGGCCUUCCAACCCCGUUGUUGCAUAUGGAGACGUGGUUUACGAUUCCAUGGAUGACUGUGCCGUUGCAUACGAUUGCGUACCCAAUUCCAAACGGGGUGUUGGGUGCCAUACCACUUCGCCAUACGGGAGAGACAUGUCAUAUGAUUGAUCUUGCUACAGUCACUGGGGACAUCUCUGGACAGAAUCGGGGGCCGGCUCAAACAGCAGCUCAACCUCAACCGCAACCUCAGGCCCAGAUGACGCCUCAGGUAUCAUCAACGCUUCGCGCCCAAACUCCGCUCUUCCAGUACAUGUUUGCCCAAUCCUACUCAGCAAAUCAACAGCACACCCCUACCGGACAUGAGACUACUACCUCCACUCCAGUACAGUCAGGAGGACAGGGACAUUUUCCCACCGCCGCGGGAACAGUGCAAAACAAUAACAAUACCAACAGAAUUACGUCCGGGCCAACGCUUCCACCGACACAGUAUGUGCCCGCUGAUCUUGGUAAUGGGAAUGUUGCGUGGCAGCCGCGGUCGUUGAAUAAUUCUAAUGGGUGGAGUGGUUGGAAUGGGACGGAGCAGUGGUGA